AUGCGCGCCAAAAUCCACAUUUUGAUAUUUUUAAUCUGCUGCGAUACGUUCGGAAAUUGCAAUGGAGAUGCAGAUAACAAAGAGCUGCGAAGCCUCACAUCGAAUCUCGAAGAGAAGUUGGAGAUGAAGCUGCAGGAAUACGUGGUGUCGGCAGCUAGAUGGCUGGAGGCGAUCAACGACAGGCAUUUGGGCGAAAGUCAAUUGGGGAGGUUGAUGCAUUACAACGAAAUCAAACCAAAAUUGGACUUUACAAGCAGAAAAGACCGCAGCGUGAAGAAGAUGUCCAUGGGCAUGAUGCCGCUGGUGUUCCACGUGGGCGCCACCUCCACCUGGAUGCUGAUCACCUCCCUAAUGGCAGCCAAGUCGGUGGCCAUCGGGAUAGCUUUGCUCGUCUUCAAGAUCGCGGUCAGCUCGGCCAGGUACGUGGCGUGGCCCAGUGAACAGGUGGCCUCUUUCUUCACGGCUCUGAAGAGUAAGCACACUGGCCACCACCACCAUGAUUGGUCUUAUUCUCCCCACUACGAGCACCACGGCGCUCCGGCGGGCCCCGAGCCGUGGCUGCCCCGCGCCGAGUGGGAGGGCGAGGAGGGCAUUCGGCACUCGGAGGAGCCGCCCGCC